UACGAGCCGAUGGGGCGGAGAGCAACAGUCUGUCACUCAGGGGCCGCAUCUUCAGCUGUGCGGCCCCUGGCCUCAGUUUCCCCAUCCCUCAAACAGGGAUCACAACGCUCCGGCGGGGAGGGGGCUGCUGCUGAGGCGGCUCAGGGGAGGCAGGAAACCGAAUCGGGUCAAAGGGCAGCGGCGGCAGUGAGCGCGCGGUACCAUGGAGCUGACGGCAAGUGGUGGCUAGAGCGGCGAGCAGCCGGGGUCGCUCUGGGCGGCGGGUGGCCGGCUCCGUGGGGCAAGAUGGAGGAGGGGAUGUACCGGGCCGUGUCCGGGGGCCGCAUCGCGCUGCAGCGCCGCCAGUACAGCGCCUCCUGCCGGGAGUUCUCGGUGCGCUGCCCCCGGCUGCAGCUGCGCUCGCUGAGCGCCGCUACCUGCUCCGUCUGGCUGGCGGCUUAUGGGCUCUUCGUGCUCAGCCAGAACAGCAUGGUGCUCUCAGCUGCUAUAUUUAUCACUCUGAUUGGCUUGAUCGUGUACCUGCACUUUGUGAAAAUUGACCAGGAGUCCCUGUUAGUCAUUGGCUCACUUGGCAUCCAGAUGACCUCAUCCUAUGCUUCGGGCAAAGAGAAUACAACCUUCAUUGAAAUGAGCCAAGUGAAGGACGUAGUCAUCAAUGAGGCCAUCUAUAUGCAAAAAGUUAUCUAUUACCUGUGCAUCCUUCUCCAAGAUCCUCGGGAACCUCAUGGGGUGUCUGAGGUGGUGCCUCUGUUUCAGAGCUCCAAGCCACGUCUAGACUGUCUGGUUGAAGUGUACCGAAGUUGCCAAGAAAUCCUGGAGCAGAGGAAGACUUCAGACUUCACCAGGACUUUAAACUAAAAAGCUCAUCAAGGUGGAAAACUCACAGCAAACUAGGAUAGAUUGUAUAUAGUAAAUGAACUCAGAGGUUAGAAUAUUCAAGUUGGUGGGUCACACAGAAACUGUAACUUGUAUCCUGCGUACAUGUAGCAUUCUGUAUUACUAAAUCUGAGCUUUAAUUUAAUGCCUCAAUAUAUAUGUGCAACAGGACAGAGUUACAAUUAUCACAGGAAUCCUGGAGCAGAGGAAGACGUCAGACUUCACUAGGACUUUAAACUAAAAAGCUCAUCAAGGUGGAAAACUCACAGCAAACUAGGAUAGAUUGUAUAUAGUAAAUGAACCCCAAACCAAAACAGUCCUGCAGUUGUCCUUCACUAGAUGGUGCAUGUAGACUGUGAUCCAGCAGCAAGUGAAGUUGUUACUAGUGUCCUUGCUGGUGGCCUAUUGUUAUGGAAAAAAUUUCAGCCCAUGCACAAAAUCUAUCCUUGCCAAGAUGAUGAUGCUGUAAAAGUUAAUGAUAAAUUUACUUAGCUGCCCAAAAUAUUAAUGCAACUCAGAUCAGUAGAAUUUUUCCAAGACAGGAGCCUCAGAGAUGGGAUUUCCUUCCCCGCUGCACACCCUGCCGAUGGAAGGAAGGGACUGGGUAUGGGAAGAUCAUGCAAUAAAUUUAUACUCCUUUAAUAAAUCCUGAAACAAAUUCUGAUAAGCAUACAAUACAGCCUUGGCCAGAUUGUCAAUAAACCCACAAAGAACAAGCAAACGAAAUGCCCUAUACAGUGAAUAUUUGUGCUACAUUUUUGUUGUGAAAUUCUUCAAACCUUUUGUUUGAAAAAGGAGGUAUCAUCCCUAAACGGGCCAAAGCCAAGCAGAUGUGCGAAGAGGACAGCUCUGGUUUUUAUUGGCUUGUGCCCUUGGGAGUAUUUCAUGGUGUGAAUUUGUAUUGUACCUCAUUGAUAUCCUGAAGAUUAUUGUAACUUUUAACUAAUAUCACCUAGAGGUGUGGGGCUUUUUUGAAUUCUUGCAUAAUAUAACGUGGGCAGCUCAAAUUUUGUCCAUCUAAAGGACAUGUCAACAGCUCAUCAGAAGCUUGUGGCUCACACAAAUUGCAUAAAAAUGGAGCUAGGUGUGUCAGUAUGCAGUGCUCCAGCUGCUACGAUGGCAGUGGCUCUGAAAAUGUUAAAUUUACACUUUAGAAAGAAAUGCUGCCUUAUUACAUGUGACUAAUUGUUAGCCCAUAAGGCAAGAGCUCUGGGUUCUGCGGCUGACUUCUGGGUGGCCUUGGUCAAGUCAUUUGACCUGUCUGUGCUUCAGUUUCUCACCCAUACUUUAAAUCAUGUCUUAAUUACUGAAGUCACACCUGGAACUAUACAGACUUUAAGAGCUAAAUCCUGCCCUGGCAUAA